AUGACGAACAUCUCAUUAGUAGGAGACGUUCCUCGACCAUCUCCUGGAAUCGCUUCUGAACAAAGCGAAAUUCUAUCCAAACGAUAUUUGAAAGCUGCUUUUGGUAGUCUAUGUAUCAUCGUACUGAUGGUAGCUCUCGAUGCCACCUCACUUGCAGUAGCACUACCGGUGAUCACGAAAGCACUAGAAGGCUCUGCUGUCGAGGCAUUCUGGAGCGGCACAUCAUUUCUUCUCGCGUCGACAAUCUUUCAACCAAUUCUUGGGUCGCUUUCUGACGUGUUCGGGAGGAAAUUGUUGAUUGAUCUUAGUCUCCUGCUGUUCUUGAUAGGUUCAGUCGUCAUUGCAACCUCUAGUUACUUUACAACAGUACUGAUAGGCCGCACGGUCCAAGGUGCAGGUGGGGGCGGUAUCAUAUGUGUAACGGCAUUGAUCGUCGUCGACAAGAUACCUCUUCAAGAGCGUGGAAACUGGCUUAGUUUGCUUGGUGCCGUGUUCUCGGUCGGUAAUGUCUCUGGCCCUUUGCUUGGUGGCGCGCUGGCAAAGGAAACUUUAUGGCGCUGGAUUUUCUGGAUUAACCUCCCUUUGAUUGGUAUUGGUGGGAUAUCAAUCGCGAUCUUCCUAAAAGUUCACAAAAGACCUGGCUCGUUUGUGAAAAAACUAAACGAGCUAGAUUGGGUUGGGAUGGGCCUCUUUCUUACCUCCACAACGGGUUUCCUUAUCCCGAUCAGCCGCGGUGGCAUCGAAUACCCGUGGAGUUCAUGGCAUACACUUAUACCCUUGCUUCUAUGUACUGCUGGGCUUGUAGCUUUAGCUAUACAUCAGGAAUACGUGGCGAAGAGACCCUUUAUUCAUACCGACGUUUUCAAAAACCGAUCUGCGGCGAUCAUCCUCCUGCUGACGGUACUGUAUGGUCUUAUUCUCUCAGCAGUUCUCUUCUAUCUGCCUUUGUAUUUCGAGGCGGUGAAGAACAUGUCCCCUAUCAUGGCUGGAGUAGCCAUCUUUCCAUGGACCUUGACUCUUGCUCCAUCCGCUAUGGUUACUGGUAUAGUCAUAUCAAAAACUAGAAGGUACAGAUGGGCAAACUGGCUGGGUUGGUGCUUCUCAGUGGUUGGCAUGAGCCUUCUCGUCUUACUUAAGGAAGAUACUCCAACUAUAGUAUGGAUUGUUGUAAGUCUUGUCGGCGGUGCUGGAAUGGGUACCUUGUAUCCAGCAAUGAUGCUUGGUGCUCAGGCAUCUUCAUCUGUGGAAAAUCAGGCUUACGCAACCAACAUUUUCACAUUCCUGAGAGCUCUUGGCCAGACUUUUGGAGUCACGAUUGGCGGAAUCGUCUUCCAAAGCAUGUUAGAAAGGAAAAUGUUGUCAAACCCGCUUCUAUCCGAAAGAGCUAGGGAGUAUUCCAAGGAUGCAGUUGGCUUGGUACAGAUUAUUAAAGCGAUGCCGGAUAUUGAGCUGAAGGUGCAGUUAAAAGAGAGUUUCGUUUACGCCCUAACGUAUAUCUGGGUUGUGGUGGCAGUUCUAUCAGGGGUCGCGCUUAUUGCGAGCCUUUUCAUCAAAGGCUACGAUAUAAAUAGUCCAUCUGAGCUGCAUCAGAGCACUGAAGGCAACUAG